GUUGUUUCCGGUGAGCAAAUGUGUGGCGUCUCAGCCGCUAUCACCGGCGAACUUAGAAAAACUUUGCAGCUUCCAUACUAUGAGUAAUCUUUCUAAUCCUUCUACAUGGCUAACACACAGUUUCCAAGUAUUUCCCACGCAUUUCUCAAACUAACACUCGCGUUAAAAUCAUGCAAAACCACCUCUGAAAUUCGUCAACUUCAUUGCCACAUGAUCAAAACCUCUCUCACCAAUCUUCCUUUCACUCUAAGCAAGCUUCUCGCUGCAUCCACCAUAGACAUGGAUUACGCAUCCGCCAUUUUCAGUUACAUUCAAAAUCCCAACCUUUUCAUGUUCAAUACAAUGCUUAGAGGCUAUUCUGUUAGCCCUUUUUCAAAUAAAGCUUUGCCCAUUUUUAAUGAACUCAGAAGCCGUGGAAUUGAGCUUGAUCGGUUUUCGUUAAUCGCCGUGGUUAAAGCUUGUGGAAGAAGUUUAGAGGUUGGGUUUGGUAGAGGGGUUCAUGGGAUUGCGGUGAAGUCUGGAAAUGUGACGUUUGUUGAUUUGAGUAAUACCCUUUUGCGGUUUUAUUGUGUUUGUAGAAGAAUUGAAGAUGCAUGUAAGGUGUUUGAUGAAUUUCCUGAGAGAAAUGAUUUGGUGACUUGGAAUAUUUUGAUGGGUGGGUGUGUUGUUGUUUCGAAGCAUUGUUUGGUUUUUGAGUUAUUCCUGAAGAUGUUUUGUAUUGGGAUUAAAGCUAGUGUUGCUACUGUGUUGAGUCUUUUGUGUGCAGCUGGUGAUGUAGGUAACUUUCUUUUGGGGAAGUCUCUUCAUGGUUACUGUAUAAAAAUUGGGUUUGGUUGUAAUUUAAAUGUUGUUACUGCGUUGAUUGAUAUGUAUGCGAAAACGGGUCGUGUAUAUUUGGCGCGAAAAGUUUUUGAUGGUCUUAUGGAAAAGGAUGUUAUUUUAUGGAACUGUUUGAUAAGAAUUUAUGCAAGGAGCUGUCUGGUUGAAGAAGCAGUGGCGUUACUGCAGAAAAUGAGAUAUGAAGGAGUGAGACCUAACUCGUCUACUUUCGUUGGGCUGCUUUCAGUGUAUCCUGCAUCCGGAUCUAUGCAGGGAGUUCGAUAUGUUACUAGUUUGAUUGAAGAGGAGAAGCUAGAAUUGGAUGUGGUUCUUGGAACAGCUCUUGUUGAUGUGUAUGCGAAAUGCGGCUUUCUUGAUGAGGCCAUGGAUGUAUUUGAGAAGAUGGAAAGUAAAGAUGUGAAAUCAUGGACAGCUGUGAUUUCUGGUCUUGGAAUUCAUGGGCAGCCAAUGAAAGCCAUAAGGCUUUACAAUAGGAUGGAGAGUGAAGGGUUUAGACCAAAUGAAGUCACCUUUUUGGCGAUUCUUACUGCUUGUAGUCAUGGAGGACUUGUUACCGAGGGGAUUGAAUUUUUUAAGCGCAUGGUUCAGGAACAUGGUCUUUCACCUCGGGUUGAGCAUUAUGGAUGCCUUAUUGAUCUCUUGGGUCGAGCAGGAAUGCUGCACGAAGCAUUUGAGCUAAUCAAGAGCUUGCCCAUUAAGGGUGAUGCUACUUCAUGGCGAACAUUGCUUUCUGCUUGCCGAGUCCAUGGAGAUGUUACACUGGGGGAAUGUGUGAGAGACGUGCUAAACAACUUUUACUCCACGCAUCCUACAGAUUCCCUCCUCAUUUCUAGCACUUAUGCAGUUGCUGGAAGAAUCUCGGACCUUACAAGAAUGAAGCAAACAAAUGUUACUUUAGGCAAUUAUGGUAUGCUCGAAACAGAGGGAGAAAACAUGCUAAAGGAGGCUGGAUUCAGCAGAGUUGAAAUUGAUAACUAGAGAUGAGAACACUGAAGGUUUAUGAAGAACUGUCUACUCUGUUGCACAAAGUGGUGGCUUCUACGGUGCAACGAAAUUUCAAAUGAAAUGCUUGAACACAGUUUUCCUUCGUGACAUCUAGGAAGAAAACAUGACACAUACAAUUUUGAUAGAACCAUGGUCUUGGAUAGAACAUAUUGGCAAAAGUUGAUCCAUCUAACCAAUCUUGUUUACUGGGAUAAAACUUGAUUGUUGUUGUAUUACUUAGUAUUACUUAAGUUGACUUCAUCUCUGUUAUUGUGGAUAUGGAAAGCCCGAUUUUGAUCGAAAGAAUAUACUUUGGGGGUAACUAUACUAUAAAGCCUUUGAUGUGCCAGCCUAAAAAGAACCCCAUUAAGUUUGACUUAGAACAAAGGGCACUCGUAAUGGACAUGAAACAAGGCUCAAGCCCCUCUUCAACAAAGUUGUAGAUAUUCUUUACAUAUGAUAAAACUAUUCAGCAGCUUACAUAUUUUGUUUUUGAGCAGGCUAUUGGGAAUCAGCAAGGUGGUAAAUGCAUGUCAAAAAACUCUGAAGCUAGGUGUUCAUGUCUUUCUUUUGUUUUAACACAUUGAUAUUGCCUCCUCUUGUAUAACCUAUUUAAAAUUUAUUCGUAUAUUGAUUGACAUUUAUAAAUACUAUGCAUUAAUUGUAUUAAAAAAUUUAGACAUGCACAAGUAGAAAUUUAAAGAAAUAUUUUAUGAACUAAUAACAAAGUGACAUACUUGCUA